GACAUCCCGGGAAAUCCCUGCUUGGAGGAGAAAAGUUAAAAUCAGUUUCUGCGCUUAGAAGCUCAUUCUGUUCUCGCAAAGAAAAAGCUUCCAUGGCACAUGUGGCAGAAGGCACAGCUGGAAUGAGUUUUGCAGGAAGUUCUGCAGAGCAUGUAGAGUGUGCUCAAUCAUCAAGAAGAAAGAAUUUGACAAGUCCUCUUGAACAUAAGAUAAGAUGCUUGGAAAAACAGAGAAAAGAGCUCCUGGAAGUUAAUCAGCAAUGGGAUCAGCAGUUUAGAAAUAUGAAAGAGUUGUAUGAAAGAAAGGUCACUGAGUUGAAAAUGAAACUAGUCGCUGCAGAAAGAGUCUGGGACACCGUGCGGAGGGAGCAACAGCAGCUGGAGCUAUCCCAGAGCCAGAGGCUGGACCCAGGGCCACGAGCCCUGCUAGAGAAGGACAACGUAAAUGAAGAAAUACAGCAAUUGAAGAAAGAAAAUAAGCUUUUGAAGGAAAAAAAUGCUCUUGCAAAUAAGAGGAGGGAACAUUAUGAAAGUGAAAUAAAACGCCUCAAUAAGGCCCUUCAGGAUGUCUUGAAAAUCGAGAAUUCUUCAUUUUCUGAGGACUGUUCUGGGAAAUCUAAAGUCAAGUGCAACCAUGCAGAGAUGAUAACAGAAAUGGAAGUCCUCAAACAGCAGGUGAAAAUAUAUGAAGAAGACUUCAAAAAGGAGCGCUCAGAUCGAGAAAGACUUAAUCAGGAGAAAGAAGAGCUACAGCAAAUUAAUCAAACUUCUCAAUCCCAGCUGACCAGGCUGAGUUUUCAGAUAAAAGCUUGUCAGAUGGAGAAAGAAAAACUAAAAGAGCAGCUAAAACAGAUGGGUCUCCCAACCUGCAACUGUGACUUUGCUUUCCACCUGCCGGAUCCAUGGGAACCAACAGCCCCCAAGGCUGUGCAGGAUCAACGAGAGCACCCACCAGACUAUCAGUGGUAUGUUCUUGACCAGCUUCCUCCAGAUGUACAGCACAAGGCAACUGAUUUCUCCUCUAAAAAGAAAGUCAGUGAGUAGAAGUGUGUGCCCACAGAAGACGGUGUGCUCAGGGAGCACGUGGCUGAGCCCUACCUGCCCUGUGCCUUGCCCUUGGGGUGUUCCUGCAACAGCUGCACAUCGUCUACUCCAUUUUGUGUGUGCCUGGCAGUGUUUCCUCUUGGCAUGGACAAAGACUUCUGCCAACUGAGAUCCUGACUAAGUUUGAGGAACAAGUUAUUAUCCGAAUAAUUGCAACUUCCAGUUUCCUUAAAAUGGGAUUUGGCAGCGUGAAACUGUCUGCAACAUAGUACUUGCUGUUGGAUUGUUAAGUUUUGCAAAAUCACUCCAUGAUUUAAGCCCCUUGGUUCCUGGUGUGGUGAUAUAUUCACAAGGGAAAACUUGCUGCAGCUCUCAAUUUUUAAUGUUGCUUCCAUUUUCCCCUAGUGGUUCAGUUCUUCAGCCAGUUUGACGGCUGGAUACUGUUCUCAUAUUUGUUGGCUUGAAUGAAGCUAAAACACAGGAUUGAAAAUGUAUAUAUACCGUACUGCCUAAAG